AUGCUAGAAACUAUAAGAGAAGCUAUAACCAAUGUUCAGAACGAAAUUUCUAAUAGCGUUCGAAAACUUCGAGGUCCACAAGACGCAGUUCCGCAGAGUGAAGUUCUGGAAGCUCUGUCUUCUUUGGUCGAAACCCAGGCAGGCAGCAGUCUUUUAUUAAAGUUUCAGUUAUGUAUUGAGCAGAUUGAACGAAUGAAUGAUGAAAAUAUACGAGCGGCAAAUUUGACGAGCACUCGUUUAGGAACUUUACAACAAAUGUGCAAUGAAAGAGCGCAGUGCGUUAUUGCAGCUCAUGAUUACUUUCGUUCCAUCCCUAACAUCUCGAAGCAGUUAGCUAGUUUGACAAAGGAAAUUGAAACAUUAAGUAAAUAUUGUCAACAGACGGAACAGGCAAUGACGUAUCUUGAAGCACUAGUCGCGAUUGCAGCUGGUGAAGAGAAGAUUAAUAGUUUAAAAAAUCAACUGAAGGAAGAAAAGGAACAGUAUAGACAGGAAGUGGAGCUGGCUAGGAAAUUAUCUUUUGGUUCUGGUUUGAAAGUUUUAGUUUCAUUAACCGGUUGUUUAAUUUCGCUUGCUUUAGACAACUCUUCAUAUUUGUGUAUGAUCCUUGGGUUGUUUUAUAACGGAGUAGCUCGCUCGUGGGCGUCGCUUUACCUACGACGUUUUAUAACAAUGUCAUUAUGGUAA